AUGGCGGCAAUCAGGACAGCUGCGCCGUCAGUGUCGACCAUCUUCCGUUUCACAUCACAACCGGCCUCGACUCGGCGAUGCGCACAAUGUCUCAAGGCCCAAAGAUGUCCUUUCUCGUCCUUCCGACCGCGAGCAGCGUCCUCCAAACGACCACUGAUGACUGAGUCCGCUCAUCGUCCGCAGACACUGGACAGCGACAUGCCUCCGCCACCGAAAAAUAGCGGCGUCUCAGAGACAAGCAUAUCUGGAGGCUCACAACACACCUGGCCACCUACAGCUCCGUGGCAACGGAAGGACAGCCCACCGAGCGUAGCAUUAGGAGAGGCAGAGGCACAGAAAAGCAAGGCUACCGCAGGAGCGACAUCUACAUCACAAACCGCUAAGCCCUCGAUCACUCCCGAGACAGCAGCAGCUAAGCCAAAAAAGAGCAAGCUGAGGCCCAGGAAAGCUCCCAUCAAACUAUCGGCCAAGGCUGUGGAGCAAUUGAAAGAAUUAUUUGAACAACCCGAGAGCAAACUCAUCCGGAUAGGCGUGAAGAACAGAGGGUGUAGCGGGCUAGCAUACCAUUUGGAGUACGUGGACAAACCUGGAGCAUUCGAUGAGACCGUAGAACAGGAUGGCGUCAAAGUCUUGAUAGACAGCAAGGCACUGUUCAGCAUAAUCGGAAGUGAAAUGGACUGGUUGGAGGAUAAGCUUAGCGCGCGAUUCAUCUUCAAGAAUCCGAACAUCACGGAACAAUGUGGCUGUGGAGAAUCAUUCAGCAUAUCAUAG